UUGCAAAAAGAAUAGAAUAUGAAACAAGGGCAGCUGACAAUGCCGCAUCCCAAUAUACCGGAUACAUCCAUCAAAUUACGACCUAUCAAUACUGAAGACAGUUACAUUAGGUCAAUUUGACAUCAACAAAUAUCAAAAUAACCUAAUUUCGAUUAAGAGGAUAACCACAUGAUAUACACACAUCCGAGAAUAACAAAUUUGGCACAAUGGGGAGUAUAUGGAACUAUACAAGCAACAAAAUCAAUCAGGAAAAAUAAAAAGGGUAGCUUCAAAUUUAUCUAAUUUUUUAGUGGCAAGCACGCUGAUAACUCAUAGCAAACCUUGUUAUUUUUCAGAAUAUGCGAGGAAACAAAUAAAAGGUGGUAAUGCAUGUUGAAUUGAUAAGCCAAAUUACUCAAAAUGAAAAAUGCAUAUAAAGUAUACGCCAAUUUUGCACUAACAUUAUUCAAGAUUAACAUAAAUCUCUAGUACUUCUCUGAAUUCAGCUAACUUCAACUUAAAGAGAAAUCCUAUGAUUAGGCAAGAUGGUUGCCCCUAAGACUAAAUUUACAUAGUUUUAUAAGUUCCUUCAACUGCCAAGGUAACAAUUGCAUUUCAAGUUAUCAACCCCAGAAAACUGUCUUACACUUCAACAAUCAAAUUUCAUUAACCCUUUAUAUGAGCGAUAACAAGUUUUCAUAUCUUAAACAGCCACAUUAAAACUUCAUUUUUCUCUCCUCCUCGCAUCCCCUCCCCCCUUCUCAUCUCUCAGUCAUACAGACCCCCAAUCGCCCAAAAGAGGCUGCUUUCAAGAUGGAAGGCAAAAGGUUCCUCCACGGGACAUUGGAAGUCACCAUCUUCCAUGCAACACCUUUUGCACCAUCCUUUCCCUUCAGUUGUUUAUUAGGAAGCGGAAGGCCAGCAUAUGCGACAAUCAAGAUAGGCCAACACAAAAUGGCAAAGACAUCAAGUGAACGAGACCGAAUUUGGAACCAGACCUUCCAGAUACUCUGUGCUCAUCCCAUUGACUCAAUCAUCACAAUCACAGUCAAAACGAAGUGCUCUGUCCUGGGGAAGAUACAAUUUGAGGCACAUCAGAUUGUCACUCAAGGAAGCUUGAUAAAUGGCUUUUUUCCAUUGCUCUCUGAAGAAGGGAAACCCAAGCCAAAGUUUGGGCUCCAAUUCAUCUUAUGGUUUAAGCCAGCAGAUUUGGAGCCUAAUUGGGGAAAGUUAAUUGAUAGUGGUGACUUCAAGGGCCUAAGAACUGCAACAUUUCCACAGCGAUCCAACUGCAAUGUAACACUUUAUCAGGAUGUCCACCAUCAUCCUUGUUUCCAACCACCGUUAACUGGCCAUGGUGUUCCACGAAAGCUAUGGGAGGAUGUGUACAAGGCCCUUGAAGGAGCAAGACAUUUAAUAUACAUUGCAGGAUGGUCAUUCAAUCCCAAGAUGGUGCUGGUCCGAGAUCCUCAAACAGAAAUUCCACGUGCAAGAGGAGUGGCACUCGGGGAAUUGCUCAGACAAAAAGCAGAAGAAGGUGUAGCAGUGAGAAUUAUGCUCUGGAAUGACGAAACAUCCAUACCACUUAUCAAAAACAAAGGACUGAUGAAGACUCAUGAUGAAGAUGCCUUAGCCUACUUCAAGAACACAAAAGUAGUAUGCAGAUUAUGCCCAAGAUUACACAACAAAUUUCCCACACUCUUCAGCCAUCACCAGAAGACUAUAACUGUAGACACUAGAGUAGAAAAUUCUCCAAGAAAUAGGGAAAUCAUGAGCUUCGUAGGUGGUGUAGAUCUUUGUGAUGGUCGCUAUGAUACCGAACAACACUCACUAUUUCGGACACUGAAUACAGAGCUACAUGCCCAAGAUUUCUACCAAACAAAUAUUGCGGGUGCUAGCCUUCACAAAGGUGGACCAAGAGAGCCAUGGCAUGAUGCACAUGCUUGCAUAACAGGUGAGGCAGCGUGGGAUGUGCUUAACAACUUUGAGCAGAGAUGGAUCAAGCAAUGUGACCCUUCACUACUAAUCCCAGCAAACGCCAUAGAAACACUAAAUAAGUCUUCUCCUCCAAGUGACUCUGACAGAAACUGGACAGUGCAGGUUUUUCGCUCCAUUGAUCAUUUCUCUGCAAGUCCACUAUCAAACAAAGUUAGCACUGAGCAAAGCAUCCAUGAGGCCUACGUAGAGGCGAUCAGAAAAGCAGACAAAUUCAUAUACAUCGAGAACCAGUAUUUUAUCGGAGGAUGCAGUUUAUGGGAAAAAGAUCAGAACAGUGGUUGCAGAAAUUUGAUCCCAAUUGAGAUAGCUCUCAAGGUGGCAAGUAAAAUCAGGGCCAGAGAAAGAUUCUCAGUCUAUGUGGUAAUGCCAAUGUGGCCAGAAGGGAUCCCAGAGAGUGAAAGUGUACAGGAUAUAUUAUACUGGACAAGGGAGACCAUGACAACAAUGUACAGAUUAAUAGGACAAGCAAUAAAAGAAACAGGGGAGCAAGCACAUCCCAGAGACUACUUGAACUUUUUCUGCCUUGCUAACAGGGAGAAAAAAGGAGAAGGAGAGUUUGUUCCUUCCUUUUCUCCUCAUCAUUCAACAUCGUACUGGAAGGCCCAAACAAAUAGAAGGUUCAUGGUCUAUGUCCACUCCAAGAUAAUGAUAGUGGAUGACAUAUACAUGUUGAUAGGAUCUGCAAACAUAAAUCAGAGAUCGAUGGAUGGAGCAAGAGACACAGAGAUUGCAAUAGGAUGCUAUCAAACCAGGAUAAACAGUGAGAACCAAAAUCAAAAUGGAGAAAUUUAUGCAUAUCGGAUGUCUCUGUGGUACGAGCACACGGGGAGAUUGGAAAAAGUAUUCGAGGAGCCACAUUGCUUGGAAUGUGUAGAAAGUAUAUGUUCUAUCGGGGAGCAGAUGUGGAAGAUCUACAGUGGAGAAGAGGUUGUGGACAUGGAAGGCGUACAUUUGGUAUCUUAUCCUGUGAAUGUGCGAAAAGAUGGUUGCCUCGAAGAACUAGCAAGCUGCAGCAACUUUCCUGAUACACAAACUCCAGUACAGGGAAGGAGAUCGAAAAUGCUGCCACCUAUUUUCACCACUUGAAGAUCUCAUGAAUUUCACAUCCAACAAACUAUACUAGGAAGUGUUCAAAAAAAUGUUGAAAGAGCAUGAUUAUGAUAUGUAAAAAUGGAUUAAGAAGAUCUUGAACAGUAGAGGAUCUUGGUCACAUAUAAAAAGAGGUGGAAACGUUAUUAAAGAAAAUCAUCAAAAGAUAUAGAAUCAUGAACAGGGAGAGAGACCCUUCCUCUCAAGAUGAAUCUCUCACUUCCAUUAACCUAUGCACUAUAAAUCUCACCAUACCAUAUUACCAUUCACAUAAGACAUGCCAGCUUGCACUACGAAUGCAAACUAAAAUUAAAAUGAGAAUCACCAUUCUUCAAGUGCUAACAUGGCUAAUCACUAAAUACAAUAGAAAUGAGUUUACUUGUCAAUAACUGAGAAAAAAGAAGUUGAGGUUAUUAAAUUUAUAAUUUGUAAUACAAAAAAUGAGCAAUAAGUAUUGCAAAUGGCCUUCAAGAAGAAAAAUAAUUUGUGAUUUUUUAUAAAAACAUGAACUCCAAUCCCCCGAGUAAUAAACAUUAUAACAAAAAUUCACAAACAUAGGAGGUAUCUACUGACCUAUUUUAGAUUCUGAAUGAGAAAUAACAUAAACAACCAAACAUCAAAUAACAAGAUAUCUUUGGCUAAGUUGAGCUUUGACAUAUACGGGCAAACGAAAGUCACCAAAAAAAAGCCCAAAACAGCUAUAUUCUGGCAGUGAAAUACCUAAAACAACACUCAUAAUGAUAUUUGAGUCAUUUUUUUUACAGAAAAGAAUCACAGGCUAUAAUGUACAGGUGAACCCCUCCUUACCCCCUCCUCAAUCUUUUACAAAAACAUAUUACAGAUAUGGUAUAGAA